AUGUAUGUGAAAUGGUUUGAUACAGGAAUGUUAUACUAUGUGAUUUUAGUGUAUUUAGUGAAUGUCACUUUUAAAAUUUUAAAAUUUCCCGCCAGUUCCGUCCCCCGUACGUCCCGACGCUCGCAGGGAACGGAAAACAGAUGACAGAUGCCGGCAUCGGCCGGAGGACAUUACAGGGGACACUGCAGGAGGGACAUCGUGGGAGUGCAGGGCGAGGUAAGUGAAGAAGAGAUCCCGGAGCAGCGUCACAUGGUAAGCCCGAGUGUAGCUCGGGUGUUACCGCUUGUGCUACACUCGGGAAUACCGCCAGGGAGGCUA